AUGGCAGCAACGGAUGUCUUAGAAGCAAACAGCUGUGGCAAUAAUGAAAUCGAUCAAUCGCCAUCUCCCACAAUGGAAAAAAUUGGCCAAGACGAAUCUCAUCCAUGCGAGGAGGCUACAGAUGGGACAGUUGAACAAGAUACAUCUUCCCAGAAGAAAACUGAGGAAGCUGAUGCCCAUGAGCGACUUCUUUCCUCCUCUUCCUCGUCCCAUCCCUCCGAAACAUUUACGGGUGAAGAAAAUGAUCUUUUCGAUCGGAGGAGUGAAAUAGGACGAACUACAAGAACGAUGUCAAACCGCACUUCCAUAUCUUCAUUACCAGGCUCCGUCAUUGUAUGCCCACCUGAGAAGUACGAUGGCAGUGGCACCAUAACGCGGAGUUUCCGAGGGCAUUACAUGCAGCAUUACUCCGAAAGCAAUACCAAUGACGGCCCGACGCCCGUGAACAAAAACAGGCCGAAAAGGAACAAUUACUCUUUCCGACUUUCGAAAAUUGCGCCUAGUGUGCGCGAUCAUGAUUCGCCGUUUAGACACCCGAGUUCUGUUCGCGCAAUGCAGAUGGGAGACGAGGAUGAGUAUGAUGGGUAUGGCUAUGGCUACAACAACGAGGAUCUGAUGCCGUCGAGGUCAUGGAGGAAUCACAGUGGAGGGCGUGGGCAUUCAUGUCAGAGUGUAUCAGGGAUGUCCAUACGCUCGCUGGGCUCAUCACCAGGAUCUGCCAAGCGGAGCUACAAAUCAUCCCGGGCAAAAGAGACAGCUGUCCAGAAGGAGUACCCGCUUAUCCUACUUCAUUGCACUCUGCUACCACCAUCUCUUUCACUACCUCAGGGUUUGGGACUGCCCAGCGCGCAGAUUUUAAAAGAGGUGUUGCCCCCUAGGCACUGGGCAAGAUGGAAAUUACUCGAGGAUAAAAUCAUUAAUUCGGGGGUGUUGCGGGAUCGUGGAUUGCUGAUAUCACAUCCACAGGAAAUGUAUGACAUACUUGAAGAGCGUUUGUUGGAGAGUCUAGAACUAGUCCGGCCGAGAUUGAGUGAAGGUCAUUUCCUUGGUCGAGAAAACGAUGAUGACCCCGACGAUGGAGGUGGAGGGGGCACUGAGAAAGAAGGUAUUGGAAAUGUCAGUGACGGAUGUGAUGGAGAGAAAUGCGCUGACUGCGGCGCAAGGCUCAUCAAGCAUUUGGAAGGGGAGAAGAGGCGAUGGGAUGUCAGAGUUUAUGCUGCCAACGGUCUGAUGGGAGCUGGGGCCUGGGCAGCAGCCUGGAGGGAUAUGGAAAAAGUCGAUGUCGAGGUUGGAUUAGCUCUGCCAGUUGAGAUCAGGCGGGAACUGGAGCGGAGGAUUGUCGAGGAAAAUACGUUAAGAAUGGAAGAAGAGCAGCGCUUGGUGAAGGAGGAGGAACGAAGGCGGGAGAUAUAUGGAAUGCCAACGGCUCCGACACAGGAAGCUAUUGAUGGACUGGAGGAUGGCGAUUCAGUUCCCCGUUUCCAGUCCAAAUUUGACCAGUCAUCGCCUCCGCUUUUAUUUACACGCCCAGAGUCAUCACCGAUAAUGCCCUCUACUGACUUCUAUGAGUGUGAGCGAGAGUCUAUCAACUCCAAGGAAGUUAGCCUCCAGAAGCUAUGUUCAAAUUAUAUUCGUAUCCUUGCCAGCGACAGACGGAACGUUACAAUUGCUUUCUUGAGCAUUCUCGUCCUCUACUUCUCUAUGGGCAUGGCAAAACAAGGAGAGGUUUUCGCCUCUCACCCCAUAACUAGCCCGCCACAUGUCGUUCCUCCCACUGAUUCCUCCCCAAUGGUUCUGGAGUAUAACCCGCCUUCAAUUGUUAACUCUCCUGUCAUGGUUUCCAUGGAACCUCGCACCCAAGCACACUCCGGAGCUGAAAAUAAAAUUACCCCCACAGUGUUUGGAUGUGGGAUGCUUGCUACCGAACCCCGGUCCGUCGGUCAAACAAUGACACGACAGCUAAGCGCGUCGCACCCGGCUGAGAGCGACUCCAUUCACCAUUGCCAAGAUCUCUCUACUAAAGCAUCAACACAACCUCAGCCACAACCAUCCCUAGCGAAAUCCACCGACGUGGCCGAGUCAACCUAUUGCGCAACAGAGCCUCAACUUCAUGAACCUGCGGAAGCAGCAGCACAUCACGAUACACCGCCUCCCAUGUCGAAGUUAAGCGCAGUAGUCAAGGACGACGAUCCUGCACUCAACACUGAAACCUUAUAA